AUGUCAACCAAAAUUAAUAAGAGACCAUGUCAAAAUCUAAUCCAUUCGGCUAAAUAUGCAAAUAACGAAUCUAUGGAUAAAAAUAACAAUAAUCUGUCUAAACCUAAGGCACUGGAUAUACCAGAAUAUGAGACGACAGAAUCGUCUACGAGUUCAUCAUCAGAAUCGGUGACCACUGUUGAGAUAGAUAACACAAUUGAAUCCAUAAAUAAUCUGGAUCAUCAAGAAGUAAGAUAUGAUUUUAUGGAUGACAUCGAAGAACUUAUUUCCAAUGAGACACCGGCGCUCACGAGUGUUGAGCCUAUCGCCAGACCAAACAUUGAUAUAAAUGGUAUUUACAAUGAAUACGAGCUCAUUAGACUCAGGGAACUUAUAAAUGCAAUUAAAAUGCUGGACAAUAAUGUUGAGACAGUGGGUGAGCCCCAG